AUGCCACUCCCGGCAAUGGACCUCAUCGGCAGCCCCGAGGCGCCUCGCAGCCCCGCAACUAGCGAGGCCAGCGCCAGCACCUUCCGAAGCCCCACGGGCAGCGAGGCCAUGUCCGGAACCUUUAGAUCUCCCUCAGGCAGCGAUGUGGCCCCGGGCACAUUUAGAAGUCCCGCCGGCAGCGAAGCCAGCCUCCGCAGCCCCUCGGGCAGCUACGGCCGCACCUCCUCCCGCAGUGACGUCAGCAGCACCCGCGCUGACGUCAGCAACGGGAGCACGUUCCGGCUCGGCAGUGGCAGCACCGAGGGGGGGCGCAGGAGGUCCUCUAACGGGGGGGCCGCGCCAACGUACAGAAUUAGAAGGACGUCGAGCUCGAACAGCAGGGCGGGGGAGGGCAAACCGGCCAUUCACACGCUGCCGGAUGGGUCUGCCGAUGAGAGAGUGAAGGUUUAUGUGCGAGUACGGCCGAUGGCUUUUCAGGGGGUGGAAGAGAACGAGGAUGGGGUGGCGAUCCGGGCAGACCAGGAGAAGAAGCAGGUCACUGUAUUCGAUGAGAAGGAUGUGCAAGCAGGCCGAGCGUCGAUGCAGCGGGCAUUCGAGUUCGAUGCCGUGUUUCCGCCCGACUCGAGCCAAGCAGAGGUGUUUGAGGCGGUGGGCCAGCCCGUGUUGGACGGAGUGUUGGCGGGAUACGACGGAACCAUCUUGGCAUAUGGACAGACCGGGUCCGGCAAGACCCACAGUUUGCUGAACCCCGGCGAGGGCGCGCUGGAGCAGGCGGGCCUGGUGUCGCGGCUGGCGGGGCAGCUGUUCAUGCGCAUCGCGGCGGACCGCAAAAACUCGUACGGCGUCCAGCUGGCUUUCUGCCAAAUCUACAACGAGACGAUCAGCGGCCUGCUCUGGGCUGAGAUCACGGGCGUUCCGCUAGGUCUGCGCAAGAGCCGCUCCUCUAACACUAAGCGGGGCGCCGCUGACGUCAAUCUAACACGCCUCUUCUUCUUUGCAGACGUCAUCCCCGUCUCCCUUCAGAUUAGCGACCUGCUCUGGGCUGAGAUCACGGGCGUUCCGCUAGGUCUGCGCAGGAGCCGCUCUUCUAACACUAAGCGCGGCGCCGCUGACAUGAUUCUAACACGCCUCUUCUUCUUUGCUGACGUCAUCCCCAUAAGCGAUCUUCUCUGCGGCGAGAUCACGGGCGCCCCGUUGCGCCUGCGCGAGACCCGCUCCUCGGAAACAGUGCGCGGCGCGGCGUGUGACGUGGAGGGGCUGACGUGGCUCACGUGCGGCAGCCCCACCGAGCUGCUGCAGCACUUCAACCGGGGCAAGCAGGGGCUGCACUACGCGGAGACGAAGCUCAACCGGCACUCGUCGCGCGCGCAUGCGGUGUUGCAGAUCCGGGUCGUGCGGAAAGCCGCGGUCGAGGCGAUCGGUGGGGAGCUCUCGUCGCAGCGUCAGCGAGUUGACGGGAAGGUGGAGUGCGAGGUGCGCAGCGCGCAGCUGCUGGUGGUGGACAUGGCGGGCAGCGAGCGCGUGAAGCGCGCGGGCAGCGAGGGCCUGCGCAUGAAGGAGGCCAUGAACAUCAACACCUCGCUGCUCUGCUUUGGCAACGUGGUGAGCGCCCUGGCGGCACGUCAGAAGCACGUGCCCUUCCGGGACUCCAAGCUCACCCGCCUCCUGGAGAAGUGCGUGGGCGGCCGUUGCCCGACCAGUCUGCUGGUGUGCGUCUCCCCGUCCCUGGACGACGCCCCCGAGUCGCUUGGCAGCCUGGAGCUGGGCAGCCGGGCCAUGGGCGUGCGGGUCGCGCCGGAACAGAACCGGGGCACCGUCUUCCUGGACGCGGAGGCGCUCGCGCAGGACCUCGCGCAGACGUUUCGGGAUUCCGCCAUCUUUGCGAACAGCGAGCGCGUGGCGGUGCUGGAAGGCCAGCUCAAGGAAGGCCACAAGGCGAGAGGCGAGGCAAAUCUGGAGAUCAAGAAAUUCAAGUCGCUCAUCAAGGCGGAGCGUGAGAACGGAGUGGAACUGCGUGAGCGCGCGCGAAGGGCAGAGGAAGCGGAGGCGAAGAUGAGCGAGCGCGCCAAGGUUCAGGAAGCGCGCGCAAAAGCCGCAGAUGCGCGAGCGCGAGAGGCCGAGGAGCGCGCCACUGUUGCCGAGCAACUGCAAGCGGCCGCGGAGAAGCGCACCACGGCCGCGGAGGAGCGCGCCACGGCCGCAGAAGCGCAGCUCCGGCGGCUAACUGAGACAGUGGAGCACUUGAGGCGCGCGCUGAGAGAAGAAGAGGGGCGCUGUGCGGAGUGGCAGGAAAGGUAUAACGCGAUGGCCGAGACUGCGGCGCUGCAUGCGAAGGAGGCGGAGGUCGCCCAGCAGGCUAGUACGAGCUCGGACGAACGGCGAGCCGCAGCGGAGACCCGAUGCAUAGCGGUGCAAGAAGAGAACCAGCGGCUGGAGAAGUGGUGCACUGAGCUGGAGGCCGAAGUGGACGCGAGUCGCAUCGCGUGCGAGAAGGCGCAAGGCGAGGCGCAGGCCGCCGCCAAGAAAGAGGGAGAGUUGCAGGCGCGCGUUCAGGAGCUGAGCGAAGCCUUCCGGACGUCCGAAGAGCUCAGUAACGACUGGAAGAGCAAGUCAAAGGCCCUCGAGAAGAAGCUCGCGGCGUCGGAGAAGCGCGCGGCCGCGUUGGAGGCCGCGUCGAGUGACGCCGCGGAGUACGUCACGCGCGCGCACAAGCUGGAGGAGCAGACCACCGACCUGCGCGCCAGCCACGCGGGGGCGCUUCUGCAGUUGGCCUCCAGCCAGGACCACGAGCUUGCGCUCCAAAAAGAGUUGGACGCAUCGCACGCGCGCGAGCAAGGCCUCAAAACCUCCCUCGACGAGGCACGUGCCGCAGCCGCGACCGCCGAAGCCGCCCACAUGCUGACACGUGUCACCCAGGGGACGGUCUGCAUUAAGUACGGGCGGAACGGGAAGCCGUACCGGCGCCUCGUGCGGCUGUGCAAGCUGGCCGAAAGCGCGUCGUCAGUCGUGCCCGGGGGGAAUCCCCCGGUCACAAAGUGGGGCUUGGAGUGGGCCCCGGCUGGAACGUUCCGGGGCGCAAUUUCACUGCAGGGGGCGUCUUUGUGUGCUGACCGGGGGACAAAGAACCGGGGCGAGGCGCAGGUGAACCUGGCGACGCAGGAGAGGGGGGUGCUGACGUUAGGGCUGCCCGGGGAAGGGGACCGGGCAGUGUGGCAGAAAGUGUUGCAGAGAGUGCUCGCCUGAAGAGGGGCAACUGGAGCAGAGACCCGAGUUAUUGGAAUGGGCCGCGAGUGCGUGACCAACAAAUCAAUGAGCUUUUUAUUGCAAGCGCAACGGUUAAAGAACGCAAGCCACAGUUGUCAUCCUUUGAGAACGAUUGAGUUACUGGAGAUAUUGUGCAGACUACUAAUGGGCGAUAGAUAGACUGUCAUUUGAGAUUUGUUCGACUGCCUCACCGCCAUUGUGUGUAAGUUUCUGUUUACCUGUUCCCAAGGAAAAAGUUAGUCAAAGGUAGCUAUGUCGCUGACUAAAAAGCGAGUGUAACAUGAUCAGGAGCUAGAGUGGGUUUCUUUUGUCAGUGCAGCAACUAGGUUGCCUGAUUCCGACAACUGUGCCAACCAGUCCGUACUCGACAACGAGAAAGGUCAUCAAGAAACUUUAAAGUUCAAAGGUCGGAGAAGCGGAAUUCGAGUUUCGUUUGAUCCGACGUAGCUCGUUGUCGAUUGCGAUGGGCUCAUCGGUAAUUUUAUGUGGUCGCAUUGCUCUGGUCGUAUAUGCGAUUAGGUUAUAUCUGAAAAGACUGGCUUUACUGGGAUAAGAGGAGCGCAUAAGCAUUCACACGCACACUAACGAAAGUGUUUCGAAUCUGGUCAGAAGCUUCAUGAUUCUGGCGAUUGCAGUCAAGUUUCGG